AUGUCUGCUACGCCACAGAACCAGUACUACAAGGUCGGGGUCCUGCUAUUCCAGGGCGCAGAUAUCCUCGAUUUCACAGGCCCGGUGGAAGUUCUGUCUCAUGUUUCGCAUAACUGCAACCCGGACGACCCUGAUCGGAUGUUCACGGUCGAAAUCAUCGCGCAAAGCCCCACGAUUCGUGCUGCAAAUACACUGACUUUGCAGGCGGACAGACUCUUGACGGAUGCCCUGAAUGCUAUCUCCGAGUACGACAUUCUAGUCGUGCCUGGGGGGCCGCCAUCCAUACUCCAGCCUAUGGUUGAGGGUAAUGGGCCAGAGAUAGAGAUCAUCCGGAGAUUUGCGCGCCUACCCCGGGCAAAACCGCAACAGCCGCGACUAUUAUUCUCUGUUUGCACCGGAGCCUUCUUGCUCGCGGCUUCGGGUGUUUUAUCGGGCUUGACCGUCACCACUCAUCACCGGGCCAUCAAUACACUUCGGGAGAUAUGUAUUAAAUUUGGUGACCAGAGUGAGCCGCCGACCAAUGUGGUGCACAAGCGCUAUAUUGAUGGAGGAAAUAUCAAAGGAGAUGCCGUGCACGUCAUCACGGCUGGAGGCGUCAGCUCAGGCCUCGACGCCAGCUUCUACGUUGUGCGCCAGCUAGCGACGCCGGAGAUGGCCGCUUUUGUGUCUCGGCUGAUGGAGUAUGAUUGGACUGACCUGGAGAAAUGA